AUGGCCGUCUACGAGGUGAAGCUGGUGACCCUGGAAGGGCAGGAGCACGAUUUCGACACUGGACGACACCUGCAUCUUGGAUGCCGCGGAGACGCCAGCGUGGAGCUGCCCAACUCGUGCCACCUGGGGGCAUGCUCCACCUGCGCCGGCAAGAUCGAUUGCGGCACGGUGGACCAGUCGGACGGUUCGUUCCUGGACGACGCGCAGCAGGAGGAAGGCUACAUGCCGACCUGCGUGUCGUACCCCAAGUCGGACUGCGUCAUGCACACCCACAAGGAGGGCGACCUGUAUUAG